AUGUCAUCCAAUUUGUGUCCUUGGUUAUGGAGAGUACAGGAAGCCGAUGCGCGAAUUUUAAAAUCUGGGAAAUUUUACACUGCAUUGCUACGCCUUACACCUAUAGGUGAAAAAAGAUUCUACCUAAAAGUGAUGGACUACUUACCGCCAACCUAUUUGUCCCUUGAAUCAAAGGAUGAUUUCGUAAGGCAUCGAAUAGAGAUUCGUCUGAGAAGAUACGACAACAGAAUCAUCUUACAAACGAGCGUUUUUUGCAACAGGACUACUGCUCUAUUUCAAGUGAGUGAUUCGAGGAGGCUUCAAAAAGAGGUUUGAACGUGAGGAGAUUCCGGUUCUUUGAACUGCGACAGAUCACGAGAUGAGCAUCCUGAGUCAGUAGUUAGUCCUCUCCCGGCCCAUGAGAGAUAUAAAUUCACAAUUUGCCUCCAAAUCUUUUACUUCCGAUCCUUGAGAGCGGGAAACCUUCAGGUCCAAAGUAAGGGAGCAGGAAAAGAAGCACCCUAUUAUCUCAUCCAUUCCCUGCAAGGAACCCCUCACAACUUUCG